AUGAAACUUCCAGUGUGUUUUCCAUUGUUGAGCUUGUCGAGAGGCAUCUCCUUUGAGCAACUCCGCCGAGAACUGGCCGAGUUUGCCAAAGAACGUGAUUGGGACCAGUUCCACUCACCAAGGAAUCUCGCCCUUGCGCUUGUUGGGGAGGUGGGAGAGCUCUGCGAGUGCUUCCAGUGGAAGGGUGAGGUUGCGGAGGGACUGCCUGGCUGGAGUGACAAGCACAAGACUGCUCUGCAGCAGGAGAUGGCGGAUGUACUGCUGUACCUGAUACGCCUCAGCCACAAGUGCCACAUCGACCUUCCCAAAGUUGCACUGAACAAGCUGGCAGUCAACGCGGCAAAAUAUCCAGCCAGCCUAGUUCGUGGCAGCAGCAGGACACAUUUGCCUCAGCUGUACGGAACAUGA